AUGUCCGUCGAGUCAACACUGAAGGAUCGAAGAGAUCCACACUGCGGAUAUCUGUAUGUAGGGACCGAGAAAAUCGCCGAAUAUCAUUUCAAGCUGUUGGACGGAUUUCGGCUCGUUGCGCGUUUCUGGCGAAAGAGAACUAGCGUUCUUGGUGACGUCGAGAUGUACAUGCAAGAACUCACACUAAAUCCAUUUGAGAGUAAAGUAGUCUGCAAAGCCAUGUCUAUCAUGAGAUAA